CGAUUACGACUAAAAUUUUUUAACGUGCAAUGGCCUUUAGAGACAACUUUGAGGAUCAACAUUUACGUUAUUGCGCGAUGUCAGGUUUUGAGGUUAGGUAUCGAUCAGUGCGCCGCUCGUCAGCAACCAGCAGCAACCAAGGAUGUGAGAGUGAGAAAGUUGUUAUGUUUUUAUCGUGGACAAUUGUCCCUUCGCUGACUCGCGGAAGAGUUGGACCUCGUUUCUUUGUUUCUCCAUAUUAAAAUGACGUGCUGAUUCCGAAAUAUGGCGCAUUCUAUCCUCGACGCUUUGACAGAUGUCUCAUUAGACGGCUCCUCUGUACAAUCCUUAUUGGAGUCACAGACCUUGAUAGCCGAAGUUGAGCAGUCAGCAAUCGAUCAGGAUGAGGAAGAUAUAUUCCAAUGUGGCAAGUGCAAGAGCCAGUUUACGUCAUUGCAGAUGUUUGUGCUCCACAAGAGAACACAUCAAAAGGCACAGGAGCAGACAGUGGACCUGACUCAAUUCCUGACAAACGAUGAAAGUCAUGUGAUGCAUGUGGAAGAUGCCACUCCAGAUGAAUCACAGUAUAAUUCGCAGGAAACUUUUCAGCUUGGAGAACCUAUUAUUCUUGAAGAAGCAGAUAUGCUAUUUAGUGUGGACCAAGAGGCUGCCAAUUACUUCACAACAGAUUCCACAUUCAGUGUGCCAAUCAUUUUGAGCACAGAAAGUCUGAAUCCUUUUGCUGAAGCGACAAGGGAUGAUACAAACGAAGUGCCGACAAUACAACUGCAGAACAAUCCACCAGUCAACCCACAGGAGGAUGCCUCAAGCCAGUCUGAACAGCCUAGUGCUUUGUUGAUGGAUAGCGAGCCAUCGGUAGCGGACGAACCGCUUGUGGCAGAUGAGCCACCAUUGGAUGGAAAUGAACCUUCCAUCGAGGACAAAAUAUCCAUCGAGGACGAAAUAUCCAUUCAAGAUAAUUUGCCUGAUGAAUUAGAGAAUGACAGCAGUCAAACACAGAACUUGAAGUAUAAGUGUAGCUAUUGCAACAAGCAAUUUGCAAAGAAAUUUUAUUGGCAGCAGCAUGAACGUUCUCACACUGGAGAGAAGCCUUACCAAUGUGUAGUGUGUGGUCGAGCAUUUGCACAGAAAUCAAAUGUGAAGAAACAUAUGUCUUCGCACAAAGUCUGGCCUGGCACUGCCAUUCACUCGUUACCACCAGAAGCGCCUCCAGACGGAAGUAUCGACCGCACUUAUCACUGCCAAUUUUGCAAGGAAACAUUCGACUCAUACAAGGCUCUGAAAGGCCAUCUCAUCGUCUCACAUCUAGCGUUAAAAGUGUACAAAUGUGUGCAGAGCAGCUGCAGCAUGAUGUUCUCGGAACUGGAAGAGUUUCUGGAGCACACGCGUAAUCACAAAGGCUCGGAGUAUCGCUGUCACGUAUGUGGCGAUGUAUUUAGUACCCUCUCGGAUCUCGGUCGCCAUCAAUACGUUCACUCCGUCCAGAAGCAAAAGACUACAGAGAAGUACUAUUGCUGCUCGAUCUGCAAAUCGUCGUUCUCAAAUCUCGAGGCGCUUCAACACCAUCAAGAAACUACUACGCACGAUUACGCAUGCCUACACUGUGGCAAGAGCUUCCUCAUCGAGAGAUUUUUACGUCGUCAUCUCAAGACUCAUUCGGCGUCGGCGAAAUUCGCCUGCGAGGAUUGCGGCAAGGCUUUCAAAACCGAGCAGUACCUGGCCAAUCAUAAGCUGAUUCACAGCGAAGAUACACCCUUUACCUGUCCGCAUUGCCCGGCCAGAUUCAAGCGAAAAGAUCGUUUGGGACGGCACAUGCUGAUCCAUGACCUGACGAAAAGGCUCAAGUGCCCAUUUCGUGGCUAUCUGGGCUGCAUGAGCGAGUUCUCGCGGGCAGAUAAGCUCAAACGGCACCUGUUGACGCACAGUAACGUCAAACGAUUCAGUUGCAGUCAUUGUAACCGCAAUUUCCAUCGGGCUCAGGCCCUCAAGCACCAUGAAAUGAAUAAGCACAGUCUCAAGUGCGACAUUUGCUCUCAUACUUUUAAGACUAAAGAGCAGCUGAUUACCCAUAAUUGUGAACAAUUGAGCGAGGCUAAAAAGCACACAAGCUCACAGCUACCAAAAAAAGCAUUCGGAUCGUUUAAGCCAAGGAAACCAACCCCAAAGAAACAAACAUUAUCAAAGACUGCAGUUCCGCUUGCCGAUAAAGAAAAAUUGGAAAAAUAUAAAGCCGAUGAAAUAGAAAAAAAAAAUGCCUCUGAAACAUCCAAGUCUGAUGAUUUCGAUGAAGAAUUUUGCGAGAAAACGGAGAACAUUCUUUCCGUCUCAAAGAUCGAACCGACCGGCAGUGAAUUAAACGAGCGGUCCGACUCGCCGGUUAUAACUUUCGAGGAAUUUAAGCACAAGAUAGAGUUCCACUCGUCUGACGCGAGCGAGUAGAGAAUUUUUUGCAAUACAUAUACAUAUACAUAUAUAUACAUAGAUGCGCAUAUAUGUAUAUAUAUAUUUUUUAUUCGUAUUUAUAAAUUGUACAUCAAAUUAGAACGUAGGCAAGUCGUAGCACGUGCAAUGGGAUCAUCGGCGAAGACGUAAGUUGCAUUUUAUAUUCGCGUACGGUAUUUUGUAGUUUGCAUAUCUGUGAUAAUUAUAUUAUAAAUGCUCUAUCGAUAUAUAAAUAACUUAUAUAUAAACGCGCACACAUCGAAGAUGUUCGGUGUCGUUAUCACAAUUUCGAUUCUUCUAUGAGAAACUCGUCGUAUAGUCACAGCUGUAAUUAUAAUGAUACUCCGAGUAUCCUUUUGAACGCUUUUGUUCGUUAAAUUUUUUAAACAAUAGAUAUAAGUAUAUGCAUGAUAUCUCAGAAUUGUAACGAAACGUUCAGCGCAGUGCGAUUCUU